GCCCACCCCAUGGGCCACCCCACGGCGCAGAGCCCCCACUACCCCAUGGGCUACGCCACGCUCGGACACGCCCCCCACCACACCACCAUGCACCCCGACGACCCGCGGAGACAAGUCCGCGCCCACGAGGACCCCGCGGGGGGCACCGUCGUCCCCAUGGGGCCCCCCAAGGGGCAGGGCAUGCCGCCCCCCAUGGGGCCCCCCAUGACCACCAUCAUCGGCAGCGGGGGCGGCGUCCUCAAUAGAAUACGGAACAACAAUGACCCUGACCUCAUCAUAUCGAGGGCCGAGGUAGUUCUCAAACCGCUCAACACGUCGAGAUGUUGACCCUCCGGCAGCCAGCAGUGCUUCGAGAGGAUCGAUUGCUAGAAUCGAGCCUAGGGACCACUGCUGCUGCUGCCGCGGUCGGGGGGCGGCGGGGGCGUCGGACUGCCCCCGCGCCGCCGGCUGCGUGGGACGAGCCCUCCAUGCGGCUCCUUCCCAGAGAGGACAACAUUGGACUUUACAGUGCUGAGACACAGGAAGUGCUGCCCAGCUUCGAAGACUGACAGUGAUUUAGGAAUUUGUGAAUUGUUUCUAAAGGUGACUGGACUCUAGUUAGAGCAAAGCCUCCAUGGUGGUGUGCGAGGUCUUUGGUUUCUGAAGCAACCGUACAGGUUUGCUUGACCAGCCUUGAGUGCAGACGUGUCAUUCUUGAGAAAGACGUAAAUUGAAGUGACGGAUAGUCAAAUAAUAUUACUUAUAAUUACUUUAAAGUAUUUAAUGUACUUUACAAAAAAUAGCAUUUAUAAAUGUUGGCGUUGACCAAGUUCACGCAUUCAUUCUACAACUUGUGCAAUGUUCCUUGUAUGCCUGUUAUUUAUUGCUAGUCUGUAUCAAACACAAUGUUUACAUUCUGCCUUGUAAAAUGCACUUCUGCAGUGGGCGUGGCAUUUUAUGUUUUAGCUAAUUGGUUGUGUUUGUAACUAGUUCAAAUUUUUAUGGGAUGGGCUGUUGUCUUUUUAUCCAGUAUUUGGGUUGAAAGGAGAAGUCAUGGAAGUCUUUGUAUUUUGGCAAGGACAUUUGUUUCUAUCCUAGUCAUUUUGAGUAAGUGGUAUGAAUGUUGUGUCUGAGGCAGAUAAUAUUAAUUUGAACUUUGUUACGCACUUGAGUUGUACUCUAAGCAUUCCUAUUUAAUGCGUAUGGAUGUGCCACGUAACAAAUGUCAUGCAUGUGCCUUUAAGUCUUUUUGUUUUGUUAAUGCCAGAGAUAUUAAUAAUUUUAUCAUAUAACGUUUACCUUGUCUCACCCAGUAUGAGCCAUGGUUUAGAAAUCUUACAAAAAACAAAUAUCACUGAGAAAAAUGUUACUGUAUAAGCUUGUCAAUGAAAUGUCACCCAGGUACGAUUCAUUCAUUGUUUCUAUCAUCUCACUGAUAGCUUUUUAAGUUACCUUUUCUAUGUAUUGAAAGCCAUGAUUUUAUGUUCCAUGGAUCCGAUUAUUUUAAGAGUCUUAGGCCAACACCUUAUGAACUUUAUCAUAACAAUAGCUUAUUCCCCCUUGCAUUUGCCAUCCGUCCUUUUUGCCAGACCAAUUCGUUAUUUUUUUCUGCAUGACGUAAUGUGUACAAUACACCUAGAAAAGUUAAAAACCCAAGAAGUUGCCACUUUGAACUUAAUCUAAUGUUGCACUGGACUGGUGCUUAAAUGUAUAUUUAAAUUAUUAUGGAAUGUUAAUUUUUUUAAUUUGUACAGAUAUUGUCUUAUCUUUGCUGAAAUGUUUGAGCUUUUUAACCCUUUUUUUUUCAAAUUCGUUUAUUGUAGCGUUCACUGUACAUAUCCCUCCAAUAGCUUGAGGGUCUAUUGACUGAAAGGAAAGUGAAACCAGUUGGCACAGUCAAGGAAAAAGUAAAUCACAGAUGAGGCUGCCCUUGCUUUGUUCAAUAUUGGCGGACCCCGAUCGGCACAAGCAACUCCCCGUAUUUCUUGUGCAAAAUACCAGAUUUUGUAAAUUAUUUUUUUAAAUGAAAACGAAUAAAGAAUUGUACAGAUCAA